AUGAAAGGGAGCGUAAUAGCAGAUUUUCUGGCCAGUCGAGCUUUAGAAGAUUAUGACCCCUUGAACUUUGCUUUCCCCAAUGAGGAGAUAAUGUAUGUGGCAGCUGCUGAAGAGGACACUAUAAAAGGUCACUCUUGGAAAUUAAAUUUUGAUGGAGCCUCAAACGCUGUGGGUAAUGGAGUUAGAGCAGUUCUGGUAUCUCCAGGUGGUGAUCAUUAUUCGUUCACAUGUAAAUUGGAUUUUGAUUGUAUGAAUAAUAUGACAGAAUAUGAAGCAUGCAUCAUGGGCCUCAAAGCAGCUAUAGAACGCAAGAUCAAUCAUUGGAAGUAUAUGGAGAUUCUGCGCUGGUUGGUAUUGGGGUUAGUUGAAGAGUUUGAUGAUAUUACUUUCAACUAUCUCCCGCGCGAUGAAAACCAGAUGGCGGAUGCUUUGGAUACUUUAGCUUCCAUGAUCAAAGUAAGCAGACAAGAAGAUAUGAAACCCAUUCAGAUGAGUAUUUGUGAGGCCUCGGCUUAUUGUUAUAAUAUAGAGGAAGAAGAGAGAGAUGAUUGUCCUUGGUAUCAAGAUAUAUUGUGA